AUGGCCGGUAUUUUAGUAGAUCAGGACCAGUUCAACUGUCCAGUAUGUCUGAUUCUGCUAAAGGAUCCAGUGACUAUUCCCUGUGGACACAGUUUCUGUAUGAUGUGUAUUAAUGGCUGCUGGGAUCAGGAUGAUCAGAGGGGGGUCUAUAGCUGCCCCCAGUGCAGAGAGACUUUCACUCCAAGGCCUGUUCUACACAGAAACAACAUGUUGGCUGAUGUGCUGAAGAAACUGAAGAAAACGGGACACCAAGCUGCUCCUCCUGCUCACUGUUACGCUGGACCUGGAGAUGUGGAGUGUGAUUCCUGCACUGGGAGAAAACGCAAAGCCAUCAAGUCCUGUUUGGUGUGUCUGGCUUCUUAUUGUGAAACUCAUCUUAAACCUCACUAUCAGUCUCCUGCCUUUAAGCAUCACAAGUUGGUCAAAGCCUCUAAACAGCUACAAGAGAAGAUCUGCCCUCAACAUGAUAAACUAAUCGAGAUCUACUGUCGUACUGACCACAGCUGCAUCUGUUAUUUGUGUAUGAUGCAUGAACACAAAGGUCAUGAUACUGUUGCAGCUGCAGUAGAACGAUCUGAGAAACAGAGUCAGCUAAAGCAGGAGCAGAAGAAAUCUCAGCAGAGACUCCAGGAGAAACAGAAGAAGCUGCAGGAGGUGAAACAGGCUGUGAAGACUCUUAAGAGCUCUGCACAGGCAGCAGUGGAGGACAGUGAGAGGAUCUUUACUGAGCUGAUCCGCUCCAUUGAGAAAAAGCGCUCUGAGGUAACAGAGCUGAUCAGAGCUCAGGAGGAGGCUGAACUGAGUGGAGCUGAAGAACUCCUGGAGCAACUGGAGCAGGAGAUUGCUGAUCUAAAGAGGAGAGACACUGAGCUGGAGCAGCUUUCACACACAGAGGAUCACAUCCAUUUCCUCCAGAGUUUCCAGUCUCUCUGUGUCUCUUCUGGAUCUGAGGACUCACCCAGCAUCACUGUCCAUCAACAUCUCUCAUUUGAUGGAGUGAAGAAAUCUCUCUCUGAUCUGAAAGAGAGACUAGAGGAAUUCUGCAAGCAGGAAUUCAGUAAAAUCUCUCCACAUGCUGCAGCAGUUCAGAGUUGUUUACCUUCAGUGCCAAAAACCAGAGAAGAUUCACUACAGUAUUUCUGUCGGCUGACUCUGGAUCCCAACACAGCAAAUGAUUAUCUCAAACUGUCUGCGAAGAACAGAGCUGUGACACACAUUGGGUUUAAGCAGUGUUACGUUAAUCAUCCAGAGAGAUUUUACUACUGGCCUCAGGUGUUGAGUAAGGAGAGUGUGAGUGGACGCUGUUACUGGGAGGUUGAGUGGAGCAGUGGACGACAUGGACUGUACAUAUCAGUCUCAUAUAAAGGGAUCAGCAGGAAACAACGGGGUAAAGAGAGCAGAUUUGGACACAACAGUCAGUCCUGGAGUCUGCAGUGUUCUCCCUCUCUCUCUUUCUAUCACAACAACAUUCAGACUGAGAUCUCAGCCUCAUCAUCCUCCAGAAUAGGAGUGUAUGUGGAUCACAGUGCAGGAACUCUGUCCUUCUACAGCGUCUCUGACACAAUGACCCUCCUACACACAGUCCACACCACAUUCACUCAGCCUCUCUAUGCUGGAUUCUGGGUUGAUGUUUCCAAUAAGAAUAAAGUCAUAAACAUAACUAAUCCGGCCAGCAAACUCAUUGGUAUUCGAACCUGUCAACUUUUCGAGUGUGUGACCUCAUUUCUGAUCCGCAAGGCACUUAUAAUCACGCAUGGUCCAGACCACUUGAGUAAGAGUUUCGUACUUACAGCCAUUCGGGUAUUAAACAGGAAAAUGGAAGAGGCCAGUAUUUCAGUAGAUCAGGACCAGUUCAGCUGUCCAGUAUGUCUGGAUCUGCUGAAGGAUCCAGUAACGACUCCUUGUGGACACAGUUACUGUAAAGUUUGUAUUAAUGGACACUGGGAUCAGAAUGAUCAGAGGUCAGUCUACAACUGCCCCCAGUGCAGAGAAACUUUCACUCCAAGGCCUGUUCUACGCAGAAACAACAUGCUGGCUGGAGUGGUGGAGGAACUAAAGAAGAAACUUCAAGUUAUUCCUCACUGUUACGCUGGACCUGGAGAUGUGGAGUGUGAUUCCUGCACUGGGAGAAAACUCAAAGCCAUCAAGUCCUGUUUGGUGUGUCUGGCUUCUUACUGUGAAACUCAUCUUAAACCUCACUAUCAGUCUCCUGCCUUCAAGAAGCACCAGCUGAUCACAGCCUCCAAACAGAUACAAGAGAAGAUCUGCUCUCAACAUGGAAAACUGAUUGAGAUCUACUGUCAUACUGAUCACAGCGGCAUUUGUUAUUUGUGUAUGAUGAAUGAGCACAAAGGCCAUGAUACAGCUACAGCUGCAACAGAACGAUCCAAGUACCAGAAUCAGCUAGUGGAAAUGCGUAUGAAUUCUCAGCAGAGACUCCAGGAGAAAGAGAAGAAGCUGCAGGAGGUGAAACAGGCUGUGAAGACUCUUAAGGUGAGUAGUGAGCAGAGAUCUGCUGGAGCAGCUGUUUCACAGCUCAGUCAGACUCUCCUCCAGUCAGACAGUGAGGAGUCCAGUGUUGGACACUUAGAGAUCCUACACAGCCACAAUGUGGACAAAUGUAAGGCCAUGGAGUAUUACAUCCAGGAGUCCCUGGCACUUGGUAUCAUGCGGCCACUGACCUUCCCAGCGGGAGCAGGCAAGAAAGACAGGGGUCUUCACCCCUGUAUAGAUUACUGGGGACUCAAUAAGAUCACGGUUAAGGACUGCUACCCCUUACCUCUCAUGUCCUCUGCCUUUGAGGCACUGCAACAGACAUACAUCUUCACCAAGCUGGACCUGCGCAGUGCCUAUAACCUUAUCAGGCUCUUCCUAGGCUUCACUAACUCCUUCCGUGGAUUUAUAAAGAAUUUUAGCACAAUAGUCACUCCACUGACCGCCCUCAGAAAAAAGAGUUCAGGGCAGUUUCAGUGGACACCGGAAGCCCAGGAAGUCUUCAAGGAAAAUAAGUGGCGUUUGACCUCAGCCCUAGUGCUCCAACUUCUGAACCCAGAGUUCCCCUUCAUGAUGGAGGUGGAUAUCUUUGAGAUAGUGAAAGGAGCUCUUCUGAUGAAGAACAUGAGGAUGAAUCCCUACCUCAACAGAGUCUUUGCUCGUAUAGAGACGAUAUGGUCUGGCCGCAAGCCUUGUAUGACAGAGCUACAAGCUGAGAUGGCUUUACACUCAGAGUUAAAGAGCAGAGAAGAUUUUCUGCAAUAUUUCUGUCGGCUAACUCUGGAUCCCAACACAGUGAAUCAGAACUUCAGUCUGUCUGAGGAGAACAGAGUGGUUACAAACACCAAGACAUACCAGUGUUACCCUGAUCAUCCAGAGAGAUUUGACUUCUGGUGUCAGGCAUUGAGUAAGGAGAGUGUGAGUGGACGCUGUUACUGGGAGGUUGAGUGGAGCAGUGAAGGAUAUGUGUACAUAUCAGUCUCAUAUAAAGGGAUCAGCAGGAAAGGACGAGGUGAUGAGAGCUGGUUUGGACACAACAGUCAGUCCUGGAGUCUGCAGUGUUCUCCCUCUCUCUCUUUCUAUCACAACAACAUUCAGACUGAGAUCUCAGCCUCAUCAUCCUCCAGAAUAGGAGUGUAUGUGGAUCACAGUGCAGGAACUCUGUCCUUCUACAGCGUCUCUGACACAAUGACCCUCCUACACACAGUCCACACCACAUUCACUCAGCCUCUCUAUGCUGGAUUCUGGGUUAACCCAGGAACAGUGAGGCUGUGUGAUCAACAAUAAUGUGUCCACUGAUUAUUCUAGUUACCUACCAUAGUUA